UCUCAAAUGAAUCGGACGUCGUGCGAAGUGUUUCAGUGUAUCGGUUGAAAUCGUGAUUGGGGUGGAAAAGACGAUAAUUUCUAUAGAAAAAUGACGACCAACGGGCCGGAGGCCUUCGAACAGGAGGACUUGUUGAAGAAGGGCCGGGCCGUGGAAAUAACGGGAUCGAACCGAGGGAUAGGUGGAAGAAAAUGGAAGAUCCCUACCCGAUUCUGGAUAGGCGUGAUGGUGUUCCUAUCGACCUACAUAAAUUACACCACGAGAGUGAACAUGUCGAUGAGCAUCGUAUCGAUGACCAAAGGAAAAUCGAAGAGCACCCCGGAAUGCAUUUUGCUGAGGCAACAAGCGGAAGAGGCCGCCAAAUUCGCUCUGAACUCUUCCUACGUCAUGAAUACGAACGUAACUCAAAAGAAAACAUUUGGUGACUUCGGAGAACGUUACGAUUGGGACGAGCACGUACAAGGCCAAAUAUUGGGCAGCUACUUCUGGGGCUACGUGAUAACAUCCCUGCCCGGCGGAGCGGCCUCGGAAUGGUGGGGCCCCCACAAAGUCAUAUUCUCGAUGACCUUACUGUCCGGUUUAGUAAACGCUUUGAGCGUACCGGCCGCUUGGUACCACUUCGGGCUGUUGAUAACCUGCAGGUUCCUGCUCGGCAUAUUCGGCGGUUUCGUGUACCCAGCAGUACAAGUCCUGAUAGCCAAAUGGGCGCCUCCUGCGGAAAAGGGCAAAUUCGUAGCCGGCUUGAUGGGCAACACUUUAGCCACCUGCGUCACGUGGCCUUUGAUCGGAGGCGUGACGUCAUCGUACGGAUGGGCCUGGGGCUUUUACUCGAUAAGCAUACAGUGCAUCGUCUUCUGCUUGAUCUUCUGGUUCGUCGCCGCCGACAGUCCGGACGAUCACAAAUUCAUCUCACCGGAGGAGGUGGCUUACAUCAAAGAAGCCCAAGGGAGCUCCGUUACCAAGAAAAAGCACCGCGCCCCCUACGUGGCGAUAUUCAAAAGCGUGCCGUUUUGGAUGCUGGCCAUUCUGCAUUUCGGUAACCUGUGGGGCCUCUACUUGCAGCUGCAGAGCGUGCCCAAGUUCAUGGCCGAAGUGGUGGGUUUCAAUUUGAAGCAGGCCGGUUUCCUCUCGGCCCUGCCCCAUUUGACCCGGCUGUUCUUCGGCACCGCCUACGGCUCGGUCGGCGAUUACCUCAAAUCCAGGAAGAUCCUAUCCCAGAAGGCCAUCAGGAAGAUUUUCGUAUUGUUUUCUCAUAUAAUUCCGGGUAUUCUACUGAUUGGAAUAGCUCUGACGAGUUGCGAUUGGGUGCCGAUAGUCGUGAUGCUGACGUUCAGCAUGGCUAUAAACGGAGCCGCAGUGUUGACGAAUUUGCAGAACCCGCAGGAUUUGGCGCCGAAUUUCGCGGGAUCGAUUUUCGGGAUUAUCAGUUUUAUCGGGGGAAUGACGGGUUUCAUCGUGCCCGCCAUUACGGGGGCUUUUAUCGCGGAACACAACGGGACGAAAGAAUGGGGUUAUAACUUCAUACUGGGAGGAUCCGUGUAUAUCGUUUGCGGUGCUGUUUUCAUCCUAUUCGGGUCCGUGGAGGAGCAGAAGUGGAAUAGGAUAGCCGAUGAGGAGAACGAGGAGGCGCCGGCGAAAAACGAAUAAAUACUUAAGAUAUAUCAUGUAAUUUUUUAUAUAUUGUAUGUGAACUUUACCCGCUUAUUUGUGGAAUGUAAUAGUCUGAGAAUUAAACGAAUCAAAUACAA